AUGAACGCCACUUUUCAGCGUCGUCUGACGUACACCUGCAAGAACGGCGAAAAGUGUGAAAUCAACAAGCAAACACGGAACGUCUGCCAGCGUUGCCGAUACCUCAAGUGCACCGCGGCUGGGAUGAGCGCUGACUUGGUACUGAAUGAAGACGAACGAGUGCAGAAACGUGAGCUUAUCAAAGGAAAUCGUGAGCGUCGUCAUUUGGAGCAGUUGCUUGCAUUAUCAAAGGACCACCUCUUGAUGAGAAUCGUCAGAAGGAGCUUCAUGUUUGAGGUGAGAUCCUGA